AUGGGAGCAAGGCUGAGCAGAUUGGAACAGCCCAUGGAGUUUGAUCCAAAGGGAAUUGAGCUCAUCACAGGCUGCUUCCACAAGGUGGUCACCAGGAUGAGAGUUCCAAGCUCCAGCGAUGGAUCAAAUGAUCUUAUAGAGCUUGUGGUGUACAAGGGUGUUCUUGGGAGGAGCGAGGUUCUUGUGGAGUGUGGCAAGGGGGAUUUCAAGGAUAGGAUGACAGCACUGUGGUCUCCACACCCAAACAUUGUGAGGCUUCUGGGAUUUUGCACAAGCCCAUUCUUGCAUGCUCUUGUCAUGCCACUGGAGAAGAGAGGCUGCCUCAAAGGCAUGGUUUUGGAUGGGAGUCUGGGAUGGAAGCAAAGAGUGAAGAUCAUCAAGGGCCUGGCACUGGCACUAGAUCAUCUCCAUGAUGCCAGGAAUGUCCUGGGAUUCCAGGUCUUGCAUCUGGGUGUGAGGCUGGAGAAUGUGUGGGUGGCAGAGGAUUACACCCCAAAGCUGGCUGGAUUCUACUCUUGCAAGAUCAGGAGGAGCAGGAAAUCUAUCUCUGGAACUGGAUCGCAGGAGGAUUUGGAGAUUAUAUCCAAACAGGAUUGUGAGGGUGUCACUGACAAGAUGGAUGUUCUGGGUUUUGGGUUUCUUGUGCUGGAGAUCACAUCUGGGAGGGAGCUCCAAAGCAAUCCAGAGGAGAUGAUCCAGCUCGCUGAACAGAAAUUGGCGAUCGAGAGAUGGAUCGAUCCGCGAAUUCGAGGCGUCCCGGAGAUGGAAGCGAGGAGGAUGAUCCAGAUGUCAAUGCUGUGCCUCCAGAGCAACCCAGAGGCGAGGCCAAGCAUGGGAAAACUGGUCAGCCUUUUAGGGCUCUAG